AUGCCGCUGGAUCACCGCCGCCUGCAGGGCCCUGAGGAGUCGCAGCCGCUGGAGGUGUGGGCAGCAGCGGCAGCCGAGGAGGAGGAGGAGGAAAAGGAGGAGGAGGAGGAGGUGCGACCGUGCGCCUUGCGGCCGCUGUUCAUGCACAUGGGGCUGCUGAGCCAAGCUGAGGGCUCGGCCUACGUGGAGCUGGCGAGUGGCACCAAGGUGCUGUGCGCUGCCUGGGGCCCGCGCGAGGCGGCCGCGGCAGCAGAGCCGGGCGGCGCUGCAGCGGCGAGGCGGUUGGUGUGUGAGUUCCGGCGCGCACCCUUCGCCGGGUGUGGGAGGCAGGCGGCAGCGCGCGAGGUAGCGGCGGAGCACGAGGCGAUGGCAGCGGCACUGCGUGAGGUGCUGGAGCCAGCGGUGCAGCUGACGCGUUACCCACGCGCGUGCCUCACCAUCAGCGCGCUGCUGCUGCAGGACAGCGGCUCCGCCCUGGCCGCCGCCGUCAGCGCCGCUGCGCUGGCGCUCACCAAUGCCGGCGUGGAGAUAUACGAGCUGGCGGUGGGCUGUGGCCUGUGCCGGCCGCCCGGUGCCGCCGCCGCCUGCUGGCUCUUGCAGCCUAGUGAGGCUGAGGAGCGCCACGCCCUCCUCACCGUGGCCCUACUGCCCUCCCUCAACCAAGCGUGGGGGUUGCUGGGCUGUGGCCAGGGCGGCCCCCCUGACAGCUGGGCCCAGGCCCUGCGCCUCGGCCUCCAUGGCUGCCACUGCCUCUACCCCGUGCUGCUGCAGAGCCUUCUGCGCGCUGCCUGGCGCCGUGCCACCCCCUCCACUGCCUGA